UUUAUUCGAUAUUUUUGUAACUAUGUCCAGGUAUAAUUUAUUCCGGACAUGUUCAAGUUGGUCAAACACUUCCUCUCAGAUUAAGGCUGCUUUAAUCUCGAUGGGUUCGUGUUAUGUGAACGCUUUCCGAGCUGAAGUCCUCGCUGCAGUAUGUCAUCAUUCCUCUGUGGCUCAGUGAAGGGGAAUUGCUGGGCCAACCCCUCCGACGCGCGCCUGUGCCGUGCGCAUCGUGAUCUGGCGGAUGCAGAGAACGCAGGGUCACCUUCUGUCACUGCAAAGGAAAACACUAAAUUAUUUGCAGCGCACGCUCACACUCACGGGCAGUAGUUAAAGCAUCACCAUCUUCAUCAUCCUCAUCCUCCUCAGCAUCAGCAGCAGCAACAACAGCAACAGCAGCUCUGGUAAGUCCUGCGUUGAUGCUGAGGGUGAAGAGAAGCUGUGCUUCCUCUCAGCAAAGGACGACGCGGUGGACGAGGAUUUAUUUGCUAAUUUUUGUGUUUUUUAAUUUUUGCCUAUUGCCUCAUUCGAUUGUCUGCUGAUGUGCCCGUAAACGCGGCUCAGCGAAAGCACUAUACGGUGAUCUCCUGCAGGGCACCAACAGCUCCUACUAGGGUUUAUGGAAACCUGACCUCCCAUUGGUGGAGAAGUGCAUGAAGAACCCAGUUCUGCUGCAGAGGACAGGCUUCAUCGUUAGAGUGCUUUGCCACAUCCAGCAAAAUGUCUGGCUCCUACGAUGAGAGUGCAGGUGUUGACGACACCAUGGACAGCUUCUGGGAGGUGGGGAACUACAAACGUGCGGUCAAGAGAUUUGAUGACGGCCACAGGCUCUGCAAUGACCUCAUGAGCUGCCUGCAGGAGCGUUCCAAGAUAGAGAAAGCUUACGGUGACCAGCUGACGGCCUGGUCCAAGAGAUGGAGACAGCUGAUUGAGAAAGGGCCACAGUACGGCUCCGUGGAGCGAGCCUGGCUGGGUGUGAUGACCGAGGCGGAGAGGGUGAGCGAGCUGCACCAAAAGGAAGCCUAUCAUAAGCAAAUUAUUGGAGGAUUCAAGGAAGCCAAGGAGGCGGAUGAGGGAUUUAAGAAGGCACAGAAACCAUGGGCCAAGAAACUCAAGGAGAUGGAGACAGCUAAGAAAUCAUACCACUUGGCCUGCAAGGAGGAGAAGCUGGCUGCGACACGAGAGGCCAACGGAAAGACAGAGGCGUCUGUCACUGCAGACCAGCAGAAGAAACUCCACGAGAAAGUGGACAAAUGCAAACAGGACAUGCAAAAGGCCAAAGAAAAGUAUGAGAAGUCCUUAGAGGAGCUGAACAAGUGCACGCCACAGUACAUGGAGAGCAUGGAGCAGGUGUUUGACCAGUGUCAGCAGCACGAGGUCAAGAGACUGACCUUCCUGAAGGAGGCCCUGCUGGACAUCAAACGUCACCUCAACCUCACCGAGAACCAAAGCUAUUCCACAAUAUACAGAGAGCUGGAGCGCACGAUCCUGGCUGCAAACACACAAGAGGACCUGAAAUGGUUCAGCAACAAUCACGGCCCUGGAAUGCAUAUGAACUGGCCUGCAUUUGAGGAAUACAACCCAGACCAGGCUAGUGCUCCUCCAAAGAAGAAGAAACCAGACGGAGCCCCACCCACUCCCAGCACUGACCACGUGGCUCCACCUGGUGAUCGCAGCAGUGUCAGCAGCUAUGAAAAAAACCAGGCCUACUCCACUGAGUGGUCUGACGAUGAGCAGCCCACCACAUACUCCGGCAACGAGAACGGCGGGAAUGGGAAUUCGUUUGAGGACGACUCCAGCGCUGGGAAAGUUGUUCGUGUACGGGCUCUGUACGACUACGAAGGCCAGGAACAGGAUGAGCUCACCUUCAAAGCAGGUGACGAGCUGACCAAGACGGAGGACGAAGACGAGCAGGGCUGGUGUCGAGGCCGCUUGGACAGCGGUCAGGAAGGACUGUACCCGGCCAACUACGUGGAGCCUAUCUAGUCGUGGCCCUGGACAAAGACAAGCCAUUGGAGGCAGCUUGAACUGCCCCGUCCAAUUGCACCGCACAUAGCCAGAGACUUAAGAGCAACACAUCCCUCGUCCAAACAGAUGCGCCAAGCAGUUUUGCCUAAAUAAAUAAAAACUUAGUAAGAUUUAAAAAAACAAAAAAACAAAGAACAAAAACAACGCGACCAUAUAUCAGUGUUAUAUAUUUUAUCCAGCGUUGCAGGUGGGUGGACUGACUUACACAUUCAAACACAGGAGCAGCAGUUAUUCCACCGACUAUAUACACACUCAGCUGCGACAUCGCCACAGUGCAGGAACACAUUGCUUCUCUGUGUAGCUGUAUUCAAGGGUAUAAUGCAGCGUCGUUAUACUUGCAGUAUUACUGCAGUGUGUUCUCGCGCGACACAUGGGAAGUUAAUAUAAUCUGUUAAAACCAUCCGACAAAGACAUGCUUCUCUAACCCUGCGUGGUGUAUAUACAGUGUGACGCCAUCUUUGUGUAGCAUUUUGGAUGCUGUGUGAUCAGUGGUCAUACCUAACGUCAGGAAUGCUGUGUCGUGUUCAACGUACAAACACACACUUUUCCUCUGGGUUUUUUUUAAUUUUCUUCUGGUUUUUCCUUCCACCUGUUUCUCUGUGACCUGCUCCGACCUCUUCUCUCAUGUGUGCGGUGCCGUGUGUUUAUUACUGUUUUCUAGAACUGCAUAGCAGCAUGUGCUAUGGAACCAAUGGCUUUUCCCUGAAAAAUCCCACCUCCUGGUGUGGGUCACACCCUGAUGCAACACUUGGGCUACAAAUGCAGAGGUCACAGUGGUCAGCAUUGUCACAUGCUUCUGGACAUGCUUUCAUUUUCAUGCGAGGACGCAAGGUGAUGAACCGAUUUUACAUUUGUUUCUUUUUGUCUUUUUUCUUCUUUUUUUUUUAGCUUUUUUUUUUUUCUUCAGCACAAAUCAUCUGACAACCUCACGCAUCCUUGAGAAGUUCACUGCUUCUGUAGAUGCUGACGUCACAGUUUAAACUCAUUAACGCUAACAUUCACCGGUCAAACUCCAUUCUGUCUAAUGAAGCCAGAUCAGGUCAGCGCCGCUGUAGGAAAGACAAAGGUUUUUUGGAACCGUGACGCUUUUCUUCCAGAGCCAAUAGAAAUACGUCAGUGUUAUCAGGUGACAUGAAUGUAUCAGUGUUGGGGAUUUUCUCACUGUAACUUUAAGCUCUUACUAGCUUAAAAAGAAAGAGUUUGGUGGCUCGUCACAGCAACGUCAGCUCAAUGUUUUCUCGCCGUGCAAUAAUUUUCACAUAUCGCAUCGACAAACCGCUUCAAUGGAGAUCAACUUGUAGCUGCCUCACAGUCCGCCCAGAACUCAUCAGUCUUUUAAAGACGAUGCUUGUUUUGCGAAAUAAGCUAAAUUGGCCACUAGGGGCGCAUUGCUCAGUCAUUCCUAGACUCUUAUUUACCUCCUAAUUGGCUCAGUCGUCUCUGAGAUUUUUCACAGAGCCGAUAGGUGUGUUCUGGGGCAUCAAAAUGAGGGGCGGGGGUAUUUUAGGGGCCCACAAUAAGAUUAUAAUACUGACAUAAAAUAAUAUAACAAUAGUCAAAAAUCCAUUAAAUAGCUGUAUAAGGAGCCCAGGGGGAAAAAAUCUUUUCACGGGGCCCAAAAUCCCCAGCAGCGCCCCCUGGAUGUGUUUAACUCUGUAUUGACAGAGUGUCACAGGUUUGGGUCUGACAUGAGGAGGAACCCAUCACCAGCUCACAAGUUGUGUCUUAGAGUUAAGCUGUCCAGCAGAGCAAAAAGGACUCCUGUCAUCACCUCCUCAAACACACACACACACACACAUGCAGCAUCCAACACACAGACCACCUGAUCAGGUUAACUACUGGGGGGCGGGGGGGAGACGACACCAUCAUCAUCCAGUGUGUGUGAGUUGUGUAAAUGUAACUGAAAAAAAAUAUAUAAUAUAUUAAAAAAAAUGCAAGUGAUUGACUAUAAAGAGAAAACUGUAGUGUUAUACAUGUAAAUGUGUUUCAUUUAAAUAACGGCAAUGGAAAAACAAAUGUUAAGUACUAGGCGCCAUAUCGUAUGACUCAUCGCAAUGGAGUUGUCAGUGUAUCAUACCCCGAGCGUGACGUUAGCCCACGCCGUCAGAUUUGUAUAUGAUGAUGUAAUUUAAAGAUGAUAUUCUAUUGUAACUGUACAACUGUGUUGAGUUUAAAAAGAGACCUGACCACGUUGAGGCAGUGAAAGGUGUACAUGUAAAUGCUUUUUUUUUUUAUGUUGACGAUCUCUUCCUUAUGCACACAGGGGGGCAGCAGCGGGCGUUGUGACAACCCUAUAUUAACGGUCUAGAACCAUGUAUGUUCAUAGUUAGUGAUGUACUUUUAUCUCCUAACUGGUGUAGUGCCUGUUCAUCUUGAUGUAACAAGACGUUCAUUUAAAUAUGCAUAAAAUGACUAUGACCACAGAUAAAAUCCAUGGUAGUGA